UUUCCGCUGACGUAUUUUGAACAGCUUGGCGGUUGGGCGUCUGUUUGGACUUUGUAUGGCCGGACCGUGUGCUGGGUAGCUACUCAGGUACAUCCAUAUCCAGCAGACGGGAUUUUAAGAACUUCUGAUUACGGGUUUUAGCCGAAAUGGACGUAGCAUUAGCCAAGCUUCUCGUCGGGCUCGCUGUCAAGAUCAGUCGCAGUGACGGGCGGGUGCACAGCGCCACCGUGAAGUCUGUUGACGCCACCAAGUGCACCGUACACGUGGAGUGGACCGAGAAGAACAUAACCAAAGGCAAAGAGAUCGAAAUCGGUGAAAUGUGUAAUCUUAACACCGAUCUAAUCCAGUACCUGCAAACAUCACGUCCUGUUGCCUCCACUUCCAGCACUGCACCAGCUCCUAAAGCUGAGAAGAAGUCUGAGCUCCCUUCGAGGGCAUCUAAGAUCCCUGCUCCUCCAGAACGUCACAGAAGGAUGACCACGCGGCAGACGUGUCUGUUCCGGCCGACUGCCGAGGACGCCCACGGACAGGAUCUGCCCUCGUCUGCUGUUCCCAGACCUUCAGGACUACAGAAGAAGCAGAGUGUCAAGAUGCCCUCGUCUUUGCUGCCUGUCAGUGAGUCUGCGUCUGAUAGCGAGUCUGGGAAGGUCGCUGCUGUGCCCACUGCAAAUCAAGGGAUUUCCAGAGUUCCUGAAGUGAAUAAAGUAAACAAACGCUUGUCCGUCUCAACUAAAAUCUCUGAGACUCAGGUCAAAAAAGGAAAGUAUGGUGACAUGAACAGACCUAACAAGCAGUUUUACCAGAUGAUUGAGGAGUACCGGGAGACGCUGGAGAAAGUUCCUCUGUCUCUGACGGACCCCGUUGAACUCCACAGAAUUUGUGUGUGUGUUCGCAAGCGGCCUCUAAACAAAAAAGAGGUGACCAGGAAGGAGAUUGACGUGGUGACUGUGCCGGGGAAAGGAGUUCUCCUGUUCCACGAGCCCAAGCAGAAGGUCGACCUCACCAAGUACCUCGACAACCAGCUCUUCCAUUUCGAUUACUCGUUUGAUGAAUCCUCCACCAACGACCUGGUGUACAGGUUCACCGCCAAACCCCUGGUCAAGACCAUUUUUGAGGGUGGCAGGGCCACUUGUUUUGCUUACGGACAGACGGGCAGUGGAAAGACUCACACGAUGGGAGGGGACUUCUCCGGGAAGGCCCAGGACAGCUCCAAAGGAGUCUAUAGCUUGGCAGCACAUGAUGUGUUUAACCUCUUGCAGCAGCGGAGGUAUGCUGAUAUGGACCUGUCCCCGUACGUCACGUUCUUUGAGAUCUACAAUGGCAAGGUCUUUGACUUGCUGAAUAAGAAAACUAAACUGCGUGUGUUGGAAGAUGAGGGCCAGCAGGUUCAGGUUGUUGGCCUGCAGGAAGUGCCCGUGUCAUCUGUCGAUGAUGUCAUAAGGCUGAUAGAGAAGGGCAGUGCCUGCAGGACGUCUGGUCAGACGUUUGCCAACACCAACUCGUCCCGCUCCCAUGCCGUCCUGCAGGUGAUCCUGAGGCAUGGCAAACAGCUUCAUGGGAAGUUCUCGCUGGUGGACUUGGCGGGGAACGAGCGUGGCACGGAUGUCAGCAGCAACGACCGGAAGACCAUGGUGGAAACGGCUGAGAUCAACCGCAGUCUCUUGGCGCUGAAGGAAUGCAUCCGAUCUCUGGGGCAGAACUCUGAGCACAUCCCGUUCAGGAUGAGCAAGCUCACCCAGGUUCUCAGAGAUUCUUUCAUCGGCGAGAACUCCAGAACCUGCAUGAUUGCUAUGAUCUCUCCUGGUAUGAACUCUUGUGACUACACGCUGAACACUCUACGCUACGCAGAUAGAGUGAAGGAGCUCAACGGUGUUUCGAAGGGUGCAGGGCAGGACCACGGGACACGCCCGGAGGAACCGACGGACGUCUGCAGCUUCCUAGAGCAGGAGCCAAUUGAGGAGCUGAUCCAGAUCUCUGAGGUUGAAGAGAAAUUCUAUGAAGACCUCCAGGGCGGCAGGGAGAUUGCCAAAGCCAUGCAGCACGAGUUGUUUGACGUGGUCAACAGUUUACCGGAAAUUGAUGAGUACAUGGAGAGACUACAAGGGUCCUACCAGGCUCUACGCUCAGCUAUCGAGAGGCUGAAGGCCAGGUCACUCGGCAUGGAGUAACACGCACACAACCCGACGCCCAAUCGGAGUUGUUUUGUUUUUUUUUUAAAUGUGUGACUGACAAACCUCCUAACUUUCUUAACCUGAAAAUAAAUGUUUUAUGGGUUAUAAUAACCUUUCUCUUCACUGAAUAAAUGUCUUGCUUUUCA